CCACACACAACACGGCGUGCAGAGUGCAGCAUGCAGACUGGCUGUUGAUGCCGCUCUUGGAUUGAACUCGGUGCGCGCACACUGACACACACACACACACACACACACACACACAUAGACACACACUGGCACACGCAUGCACACACACCCCUGAGGAGUGUAUGAGACAUGCCCAGGCUGCUGUCCGCGGACACAUGCACACUGGCAGGGCACCAGAGAGGAAAUACAGCCGACCCCCGAGUCUGAGGAGCUAUGGAGAGCAGCAUGUUCUUUGGUAACACAUGUCAAAAUGGCCUCAUGCCUACCCUGGUGCGCCCCACCCUGCCGACCGUCCAGCCCUCACUGGGCGUGAAGCAGUUUCUCCCGUUUCCCUUGGAUACGUCCUCAUCGGUCAGCCUCUUCCCAGGAUUCAACGCGAUGGACCCGGUGCAGAAAGCUGUUCUACAUCACACACUCGGACUCCCUCCCUCCGCCAAGAGGAAGCACGUCUCCUGCAGCGUUUGCCAGCUGAGAUUUAACUCGCAGAGCCAGGCCUUGGCCCACUACAAGGGGACCAAACAUGCCAAGAAGCUAAAAGCCCUGGAUGCGCCGAAAAGUAAGCUCAAAGGCUCAGUGGUCACCAAGGAAACCACCAACCAGGAGACUGCCAGGGGCAUCAACACUGCGCAGGUCCCCAACGGCACCGACAGGAAAGAUGGCGUCCCUGGCGCGGCACCCCUCCCGCUCUCCCCUGUGCUCAGACUGGCAUCACCCCUGGCAUCCUUGGCAGCCCCUAAGACGCCGGCGCUGGCACCCCUGGCCCCAGCAGCGCCGGCCCAGAGCACCACGGCGGCCCCGGCGGCCCCGGAGACUACCUCAGCUGCUGGAGGGGAGGACGGGGCGUCAAAGAUCAGCUCGCAGUCAGAAGCAGACAUGGAGCCCGAGGCUGAACCCGAAGCGGAGACGGACGCGGAAACAGAGGAGGAAAAGGCUCGGCGUCUCCUCUACUGCUCGCUCUGCAAAGUGGCUGUCAACUCGGCGUCACAGCUGGAGGCUCACAACAGCGGUACAAAGCACAAGACGAUGCUCGAGGCCAGGAGCGGCGUCGGCUCCAUCAAGUCCUUCCCGCGGCCGGGAGUCAAGAGCAAACUGGCCGCGCCCUCCAAAUCGUCCACGGGCCUGCAGAACAAAACGUUUCACUGUGAGACGUGUGAUGUGCAUGUCAACUCAGAGACUCAGCUAAAACAGCACAUCAGCAGCCGGCGUCAUAAAGACAGAGCGGCAGGUAAACCAGCCAAACCCAAAUACAGUCCCUACAGCAAACCGCAAAAAGGCCAAACAAAGCAGCAGCCGGUGAAGUUGGCCCUGGCUAAGGACCGAUGCCAGCCUCUGACGGCUCAGAUUAUACCGAGUCACUUGGCGGCGGUGGCGGCAGCUGCAGUCGCCAUGGGCAACUCGUUCUCCCUCCGCUCCACCGCGGCCGCCAACCCCACCCCGAACGCCGCCCUCUUCCAGACUCAGACUCUCCCCGCUGCGCUGCUCCGCCCCGCCCCCGGGCCUGUCAGGACCUCCCACCCACAAGUCCUAUUCGCGCCCUACUGACGCCUCUGAUCCGGGGCCGUGAAGGCCUCCCGCCAAUGGACCAACCUCGUGCUUCACCCCGCGCCGGGCCAAGGAGUCACGUCGCUCCUUCUAUGCAUCUGGGAAACACGUCACACACUCGUCCCAGUCCAUUACCGGACCAGUCCCAAUCCUCUCCUCUCCUCGUCUGGAAUAUCGUUACGGCUCCAGAGCGCCGAUCCACCAGUUUGAAGCUGAACCGAACUGCCGUCGGCGCCUGACCGAGACGGAUUUAUCCCCCGUGACCUUCGUCCCAGUGAAAACCCGGGCUAUGCAUUUAUAGCCCACACGCUUUCUGUGCCAUUCUCUCGCCCACGGCUCACGCCCGGACCCCUGGACCUGGACCUAUAAUGUACCGCAAUAAUGUAUAAGACUAACCCGUGAACUAUGCAGUGUCAUUAAUAUGUGAUGCAAGGCACAGUUUGAGCUAUAAAUAACGGUAGGGAUAUGCUAUUUGUAAAGACACAGUGUGGCACUAAGAUCAUUGCUUUAGUGGAGGUUACCAUCACUCAUAGUGUAAAAGGCUGUUACUGAUUUUAAAAAAAAAAGAGUGAGCAAGGCCCUCCUGUUCCUGUAUGCACUUUAAGCCCCUCCUCUGUUGAUGUCUACAUUAGAUGGCUAAACUGUGUUAGAUGGUUAGAGUACGUGUCGUAUUAUCUCUUGCAUAAUGGGUGUUUGUGCGGUUGUUUUUGUCUCUCUCAUAAUUGUAUGUGUCUGUGUCUGUGUGUGUGUGUGUGUGUGUGAGAAAGGGUGUCCCACGGGUGCUUUUGCAUGAGUGUGCAGUGUGUUUGUGUGUGUACUCGUCCACAUGUGUGCCUGAGGGUUGGCAUUUGUCUGUAUGUUUGGGUGUAUGCGCAUUUGUGAGUGUAUGUAUGUGUGUAUGAAUGUGUGUGUGUGUGUGUGUGUGUGUGAGAUUGCCAUCCACCAUAAGCCAUCCUAGUUGAUGUCCAGCACACAUUUUCACUGACCAUGUCUUGGGCCAGAGGGACCACAAAGGCUUGUGUAUAUUACCUGUCAGUGUGUAAAAGGUGAACAAUUUCAAAUA